GUCUUGACAACGGCCGAACUUGUGUUUACUUCAUCACCAACACCAACCCAGUUGUGGUUUCGACGACAUAUAAAGUCAAGCUAUACUCGACUCGUUCUAAGUUGUCCAACUUUACAACGGUGAGGAAUACUUUAUUGUACAGUGAAUUUUUUCAGCUUUGCAGAAAGGAGCUGCCAUGGGUGAUUUAGGCACGCCACCCAGAAGCAAGAAUGGGAAAAGUUGGGCCGGAUGGAUGGCAGCCGUCGUCAUCGGCCUGGCUCUGGUGACGGAAUGGAUGGCUCCAGUGGAGGCCGAUAAACUACAGACCCAAUUUCUGCUAUUGUGACCUGGACAAGUACUUGGUGGACGUACGCAAGGCCAUCGUCACCGGUCAGGAACCCCCGCCAAUGCCCGCAGGAUCCACAACUUCCGCCUCCGUCUCACCUGGCUUCACGAACAGCUCCACAAGUUCCACAAAUUCAACCAGUUCCACAAAUGCAACCAGUUCCACAAAUUCCACCAGGCCCACAAAUGCAACCAGUUCCACAACAGGUGGUAGCACUUCCACCUCCAGUUCCAACAGCACCAGUGGUUCCACCACGACGGGUUCCACCGCUGUCGGCACAUCAUCCUCCAACACCACAUCUUCAUCCACAUCACAGACAACAACAUCUAGUGGGACCAACAGCACUGCUAACUCGACUGCUACUACUACCACUCCCGGAACUGUACGCUACUAAUAGUAGUAGUACUAAUUCGACUGCUACUACUGCUGCGACCGCCACUAAUGCUACUACUAAUGUUACUAUUACUACCACCACUUCUACCUCUACUACCACUACCAGUACACCGAAGGCAGCCAACGGCCUUGGAAUUGGACCCAACAAAGAGUCUACCUCCGCCUCCACCUCCGCCUCCACCUCCGCCUCCACCUCCACCGCCACCACCACCAAGUCUAACUCCACCUCCACCUCCACAUCCACUUCUACUUCUACAUCUACUUCUACAUCUACUUCGACACGUCUACCUCCACGACCACCACGCCUAAAGCUGCAAGGAAGCGACGCCAGGCAGACGAUUUCGAUAACUACGACGGCCACGACACCGUCGAGACCAUCAUGGAGACACCUCGAGACUUGGAGUAUCUGUUGUCUGGCGAGACGCACCGUGGAUCUCGAGUGAAACGUGAAAAUCUCGACAUGGGAACGACCUUGAUCGCGCAGUCGGACCCCCUGUAUUCCUUCAUCACGGAGAGGGUCGAGUAUUCGGGACUGAAGACAUCCUCCGACCAGGGCGUGAUUUACGACGAAGCUGGCAA